UAUUUUGAAAUUAAACUUGGCGUGGGUGCAACGGUGCAAACGUUGGAUACUUUUGAAAUAAAUGUUUACUUAAUUUGCAAAUUAGCUGAAAACAUUGGCGCAAUGUGGAUGCUGCAAGCAAUCAGCAAGUGUUUGGCCCAACAAUUACAACUAAAAUGCUGCACACGGAAUCAUUGCCCACACAUCAAGGCAUUUAUACGCCGCUAAGUCAGGCAAUGACCGAUUCGGAGUCCGAUGAAGAGAUUGAGAUACACAACGCAACCAAGCAUCAGCGACAGCGACAACAGUUACAACAGCAACUUCAACAGCAGCAGCAGCAACAUCAACAGCAGUUGCAAUCACAGCAGCAACAACAACUGCAACGUAAUCGCAGCCGCAUACCACCAAGUACGUUGGCAUUAAAGUCGCCCCACACACGUACCACAACAGCCACACGUAUAGUGGGUGGCGGGUCACAGUUGAAGCCACAGCAGCAACAUACACAGCAACAGCAGCAACAUUCAAAAUUUAAGUCGGACAACAGCAGCAACAAUAGCAGCAGCUACACCACCAACAUGCAAAACACAUUUCGCUCCGUGAUGCUCAGCGAUCUAGGCAGCUCAGCAGCCGUUGGAGGCGGCAAUGUGGGCGUCGAGUUCUCCAAUUUCAAUGGCGGUGGCGGCGACUACGAUGUGAGUGCCGACAAUGUGGCCAUCUUGGGCAACAGUCAAACCGAUGACAUACACAAACAUCUGCCCAUGUCGACGCGACGUCGCUGCUGUUUCAUUGCCUCCUUGCUGCUCUGCCUGUUCGCCGUUGUGGGCUUUGUUUGGCUGCUGCCCUGUGGCAAUGCCGAUGGCACUGGCGCCUGUCCAGCGCCCGUGGAUCGCCUGAAGACGCACAACUGGCUGAACAACUACACAAAGAUAGAGCUAAGAGGUGGCGUUAAUGUUGUGGCCGGUUUGCGUGCCUGGGAGAAUAAUCUGGUGUUUCUGUAUCGUGGCGAUGUCUUCUUCCCCGAAUUUCGUGCCACAAAUCACAAACGCAAUGGCAUCAUCUCAUUGCUGGGCAGCUCGGGCGCCGUCGCCUGGUACGAUGAGACUGUGGAUGAGCCGGUAGCCAUUGAUUGCACACUGCUCGAUGUGGACAGCAAUGGCAAGCCGGAUUGCCUGGUGAUCGAUGAGUACGGCGAACUGGGCGUCAUCAAUUCGGCCAGCGGUCAGUGGCAUUGGCGUUUCAUGGAGCAUUCGGCACGCAAACUUGAUGCCUAUGAUUUUCCACUCAUACUGCCCGACAUUGAUGGCGACGGUGUGCUGGACAUACUGCUUAUCUCGAGCAUAUCACUGGAGCAGCGCACUAAAACCUUUGUGCAGCAGCAACACACGCCAGGCUCACCAGCAGCCACCCAACUGGAAGCACGCAAUGUGCUGCGUUUGCUGUCCGGUCGACGUGGCGUACCCAUUGGCGAUGGCUUUCGCGUGCUCGACUGCGCGCAGUUGUCGCGAUUGCAGCUAUCGAAUGCGGCCAAUGCGGCUGCCACGCUCAGCGUUAGCUACAGCUGCCAGCGCAGCGACAACCACACGGAGGAACAGCGCUCCAAGUCGCUGGCCGCGCUGUAUCAGUUGAUCACCAACAAAUCGUUGGUGGGACAACGUUUGUUGCCCGCCUCCAAGAUUGCGCAGCAUCGUCGCCAUGGCCAGCGCAAGGAUACCGAGGCACAGCGCAAUGUUUACUCGCUGAGCGGUCGCGAGUUGACCGUGGAGAAUCGCGGCAAGUGCCCCGAUUGCAAUGUGACGCUGGUGUUGACCGAAAGUCGCAAUGGCCAGCGUUUCACACUGAGGAAUUUCACCAACAGCGGCAUGUAUGGCAUGGUGCCGGCUCAGUGGCACUUUAAGAACACCAAGAUGUCUGGCUUUGUGAUGAAGUUCUGGAAGUGGCACAGCAACGCAGUCAGACAGACACAGCCACAGCAGCAACAGUCGCAACAGCAAUCACAGGCGACCAAUAGCGUGGACAAAACAAGCAACUAUACGAACAGCACGAGCAGCGGCUCCGCAAAGCAUCUGAAUGCCAUCAAGGAGAAGGACAAGAGCAAGGACAAGUCAUACAACAAGACAGCAGCAACAUCACAACAACAGCAGCAGCAGAAGAAGCAGCAACAACAGCAGCAGCAGCAACAUCAGCGUCUUAAACGCGAUCACGAACAGCAACAUGAAUUCCCAGCGCAGCAUGAGGAAUUCGAUGACUUUGAGCACUUGCUGCCGAUAGAAAAACGAGACACAUUCAAUGUGCUCGCCACGAAGAAUCAACGUAAACUUAAUGGCAACAGUCCCGCCGCACAGCUGAUGAAAAACUAUAAAAUGCAAAUGACCACAGAGACGGUUAUUCUAGUGCUCUUCAUUGGCGCCGACACACGGAUCGAGAACACAUCGCAGAGCAAUAUUGUGCAGUUCUGUCGCAGCGAUCGCAACGAAAUGAUUUGCCAGCCGGAUCUCAUUAAUCAAGAGAACUCAAUGCUGAUUGCCGAUCUAGAUAUGGAUGGCUCACAGGAGCUGGUGUCGUACAUGUCCACGUUUGUGCCCGCCGACGAUGAUCCCGUGAAUAAUUGGAAGCUCGUUAGCUAUGUGCGUCUCUUGCGUCUUCAGUCCGAGCUGCCUUAUUUCUAUGAGCAGGAAAAACACAACUAG